GCACUGGAGUACGGGAGUGACCAGCCCUUUGCAACUGAAGCAAGCAGAGGGGGCUGGCCUGGCCCCAAGGGGCUGAUGGCAGGCAGAUGGCUGGGUCUGCGCUGGGCAGCUGGCUUCCUGUACGUGCCUCUGAUAAUGGAGACGGCUUCUGGGGCCAGAGAUCCACCCGUGAAGGCCCAUGAGUACAUCCAGUUUUCAGCCCGAGGUGUCAACUGGACUGCCAUGGCAGACUGCCGCGCCGUGUGUAGCCUGAACACUUCUGACCGCUGCGACUUUGUCAGGGUGAACCCCGACUGCCACAGUGCGGGGGGCUACCUGGACUACCUUGAGGGCAUCUUCUGCCACUUUCCCCCCAACCUCCUCCCUCUGGCCAUCACCCUCUAUGUUUUCUGGCUACUUUACCUCUUUCUGAUCCUGGGAGUCACUGCAGCUAAGUUCUUCUGCCCUAACUUGUCAGCCAUCUCCACCAAUCUCAAGCUGUCCCACAAUGUGGCUGGUGUCACCUUCUUGGCCUUCGGGAACGGAGCCCCAGAUAUCUUCAGCGCUCUAGUGGCUUUCUCAGACCCACGCACGGCUGGCCUGGCCAUUGGGGCUCUGUUUGGUGCAGGGGUGCUGGUCACUACUGUGGUGGCCGGAGGCAUCACCAUCCUGCACCCUUUCAUGGCUGCCUCCAGGCCCUUCCUCAGGGACAUCGCUUUCUAUAUGGCGGCUGUGUUCCUAACCUUCACUGCACUCUAUCUCGGCAAGAUCACGCUGGCGUGGGCACUGGGUUACCUGGGUCUCUAUGUGUUCUACGUGGUAACGGUCAUUCUCUGCACUUGGGUCUACCAACGGCAGCGUAGCAGGUCUCUGGUCCAGUCCACGCCCGAGACACCAGAGAUACUGUCUGAUUCAGAAGAUGAUCAGGUGUCUUCCAACACCAACAGCUAUGACUAUGGAGAUGAAUAUCGGCCUCUGUUGCUGGGUCAGGAGACCACUGCCCAAAUCCUGAUCCAAGCCCUGAAUCCCUUGGACUACAGGAAGUGGAGGACCCAGUCGAUGUCCUGGAGGCUCCUGAAGGUGGCCAAGUUGCCUGUGGAGUUCUUUCUGCUGCUCACUGUACCCGUCGUGGAUCCUGACAAGGAUGAUCGGAAUUGGAAGCGGCCACUCAACUGUCUGCAGCUGGUCAUCAGCCCCCUGGUCCUGGUCCUGACCCUGCAGUCGGGGGUCUACGGCAUCUAUGAGAUUGGCGGCCUCCUUCCUGUCUGGGCUGUGGUGGUGAUCGUGGGCACAGCUCUGGCCUCAGUGACCUUCUUUGCCACAACUAACAGAGAGCCCCCUAGAUUUCACUGGCUCUUUGCCUUCUUGGGCUUCCUGACCAGUGCCUUGUGGAUCAAUGCAGCAGCCACCGAGGUGGUGAACAUCUUGCGGUCCCUGGGCGUGGUCUUCCGUCUGAGCAACACUGUACUAGGGCUCACUCUCCUGGCCUGGGGGAACAGCAUUGGAGAUGCCUUCUCAGAUUUCACGCUGGCCCGCCAGGGCUACCCUCGGAUGGCAUUCUCUGCCUGUUUCGGUGGCAUCAUUUUCAAUAUCCUGGUGGGUGUGGGGCUGGGCUGCUUGCUGCAGAUCGCCCGGAACCAUACUGCAGAGGUGAAGCUGGAGCCAGAUGGACUGCUGGUGUGGGUGCUGGCCAGCGCCCUGGGGCUCAGCCUCGUCUUCUCGCUGGUCUCGGUGCCGACUCAGUGUUUCCAGCUCAGCAAGGCAUACGGUCUCUGCCUGCUCCUCUUCUAUGCCACUUUCCUUGUUGUGGUCCUACUCACGGAAUUUGGGGUGAUCCACUUGAAGAGGGUCUGACUGAAGCUGCUUGGUGAUUCCCCUAGCCUCCUGAUGGGAGAACUGGAGGGGGGGCUCCUGUAGUU